CCGCCUGCGUGUACGCGCCGAUAACCUCGUUAGGCGUUUAAUCUUAUUAAUAAUAGUAACGCGAGUGAUAUUUUUUUACCGGGGACUGAUUGUUUUAACGGGUCAUCAUGUCGGCCCUAUACAAUUUCAAGAAGAUCGCCGUCGUGCCCACGGCUAAGGAAUUCAUCGACAUAACGCUGUCGAAAACUCAGCGCAAAACGCCCACCGUCAUUCACAAACAGUACGCGAUAUCGAGGAUACGUUCGUUUUACGUACGAAAAGUCAAGUUCGCCCAGCAAACCUUCCACGAUCGUCUCAGCCAGAUAAUCCAAGAGUUUCCCAAACUCGAUGACGUGCAUCCCUUUUAUGCCGACCUGAUGAACGUUUUGUAUGACAAGGAUCAUUACAAAUUGGCUUUGGGUCAAAUUAACACUGCCAGACACUUGAUCGACAAUGUUGCAAAAGAUUACGUUCGACAGAUGAAGUUUGGAGAUUCCCUUUAUCGCUGCAAGUGUUUGAAGAAAGCGGCACUUGGUCGCAUGGCCACUAUUAUGAAAAGACAAGCCACGAAUUUGACCUAUUUGGAGCAAGUACGUCAGCACUUGGCUAGAUUGCCCAGCAUUGAUCCUUACACGAGAACUAUCAUCAUUUGUGGUUUUCCAAAUGUCGGAAAAAGUAGUUUUAUCAAUAAAAUCACAAGAGCCGAUGUUGAAGUGCAGCCUUAUGCGUUUACUACUAAAUCACUCUAUGUGGGUCACACGGAUUACAGAUACUUGAGGUGGCAAGUGAUCGACACACCUGGAAUUUUAGAUCAUCCCUUGGAAGAAAGGAACGUCAUUGAAAUGCAAGCUGUUACUGCUCUUGCACAUUUAAGGGCUUGUGUGUUGUACUUCUUUGACAUUUCAGAACAGUGUGGACAUUCUUUGGAAGAACAGAUGAGACUGUUCAAAUCGAUCAAGCCUCUAUUCACAAACAAACCAUUAGUAAUUGUUGUCAACAAAGUCGAUGUUUUACGUAUGGAAGAGCUUUCGGAAGAAAAAAGAAGCACAUUAAAGGAAAUUGAAGAUGAUGAGAAUAUACCAGUCAUUGAAAUGAGCACGGUUACAGAUUUCGGUGUGAUGGAAGUAAAAACUACAGCUUGUGAAAAGUUACUGGACUUUAGGGUUGAUCAAAAGUUCAAAACAAAGAAGGUUGAUGCUAUUUUGAAUCGUUUGCACGUGGCUAUGCCAAAAGUCAAAGACAGCAAAGCUCGUCCACCUUGUAUACCUGAAGCUGUAUUGAAAAAAAAAGCACUGAAUGCCGCAAAGGCUGAGAGAAAGAAAAAGUUGGAGCGUGAAAUCGAACUUGAACAAGGCGACGAUUACGUUCUAGAUCUUAAAAAGAAUUACGACAUUGAAGGAGAUCAGAAGUUUGAUAUUAUUCCGGAAAUUUGGGAGGGUCACAAUAUUGCCGACUAUGUUGAUCCUGAUAUUUUAGAGAAAUUAAAUGCUCUGGAAGAGGAAGAAGAUGAAAAGAUUACAAGUGGUUGGUAUGAUAAUCAAAUGGAACCAUUGACCGAACUUCAGAAAGAGAUCCAAGCUUUAGCUAAACAGAUUCGCGAAAAGAAAGCUAUUAUGAAAGAAGAAUCAUUAGUAAAUAAACAGUCAACAAAACCGGUUGUACCUCGCACAGCACCGGCCAAAGCUCGUAGUCGUUCGGUAACAAGACUUAGAAAAGAAAUGGAGAACUUGGGCGUAGAUAUGGAAGAUACAGAAAACGCUCACUUCACGCAAACGAAGAAACGCAGCAGAUCGGUGUCAAUGAGCGUUGAUCGUAAGAAACAACGUCUAGAGUCGACAUCCAGAACACGCAGUGUUUCAAGACCACCCAGAGACGAGAUGGGCGUAAAGGAUCUAAAGAUGAAGAAAAAGUUGAAGAACAUAGCGCAUAGGGCGAUAGCUAAGAAGGUCGGCAAGAUGGGUCUUAAGGGUGAAGGAGACAGGUUUAUUGGAAACAAAAUGCCAAAACACUUGUUCAGUGGAACUCGUGGUAUUGGUAAAACAGAUAGAAGAUGAUUCAUAAAUUUUCUUAAGUUGUAUAAAUAUAACUUCUCGAGCAAGGAAAAAUUAAUAAAAAGCAUUCUACAAAA